AUGUCUUCUUUCAGCAAGGGUAGCAUCAUCACUAAGCAGACUUCUCUGUCGGAGUACAUCUACGUGGUGAAAUCUGUGAGUAUCAUUGUCAGUAUCAUUGGGCGUGAUCAAAUAAUAUGUGAUUGUUUAAAUAGAUUGUCGGAGGACCAGAGAGCGGUGCGCAUGCUACAAGGGCAUGGAUACCGGCGUGAUAGAAAGAUCAAAAUCAAUCAAUCAAUCAAUCAAUUAUAAUUGGGCACCAUGAAAUCUGUGAUUUUAAUUGAUUGGGAUAAAACCUGUCAGUAUGAUUGGGUCUUAUGAAAUGAAUUAGUAGAUGUAGCAACAUCAUUUCGUAUGAUUAGGUGCGGUGAAAUCUUUGAUUAUAAUUUGGUGUGAUGUAUACUAUGAAUUAUAAGUGGUUGCCAUGAUAUAAGUGUCGUUGUGUGGUGUGUCUGUGUCGUUGUGUGUGAUGUGUCUGUGUCGUUGUGUGUGGUGUGUCUGUGUCGUUGUGUGUGAUGUGUCUGUAGCGUUGUGUGUGAUGUGUCUGUAUCGUUGUGUGUCAUGUGUCUGUAUCGUGUGUGGUGUGUCUGUAUCGAUGUGUGUGGUGUGUCUGUGUCGUUGUGUGUGGUGUGUCUGUGUCGUUGUGUGUAGUGUGUCUGUGUCGUUGUGUGUAGUGUGUCUGUAUCGAUGUGUGUGGUGUGUCUGGUGUGUCUGUAUCGUUGUGUGGGGUGUAUCUGUGUCGUUGUGUCUGGUGUAUCUGUGUCGUUGUGUGUGGUGUGUCUGUAUCGUUGUGUGUGGUGUAUCUGUGUCGUUGUGUCUGUAUCGUUGUGUGUGGUGUAUCUGUGUCGUUGUGUGUGGUGUAUCUGUAUCGUUGUGUGUGGUGUAUCUGUAUCGUUGUGUGUGGUGUAUCUGUGUCGUUGUGUCUGGUGUGUCUGUAUCGUUGUGUGUGGUGUAUCUGUGUCGUUGUGUGUGGUGUAUCUGUGUCGUUGUGUGUGGUGUGUCUGUGUCGUUGUGUGUGGUGUAUCUGUGUCGUUGUGUGUGGUGUAUCUGUGUCGUUGUGUGUGGUGUGUCUGUAUCGUUGUUUGUGGUGUGUCUGUAUCGUUGUGUGUGGUGUAUCUGUGUCGUUGUGUGUGGUGAAUCUGUAUCGCUGGGUGUGAUGAAAUUAUUAUCAUUGGAAUUGAAACAUUCACACUUGGUUGAGAUAAAACACUUAAAAGAAAAGAAGAAAAAAAAUUUUUAAUCAUGACGUCAUCGCAUCAUUGGAUUCGCAUAUUUUUUUUUUAUAGUGAGAUCAUGAGUUGACAUGAAUGUCACUGUUUUGGUUUUUUACCCACACAGUAUGCUGUACAUAGGAAAACAUUAUUUGAUAGUUUUGUAAUGAACCUCAUACAUCAAUGACACUACACCAAUGGCACUCAUACAUCAAUGACACUACACCAAUGACACUAAAACAUCAAAGGCACCCAUACAUCAAUGACACUCAUACACCAAUGACACUCAUACACCAAUGAUCCCCAAACAUCAGCGAAUGACCAUCUCAUUGUUACUCCCGCAAGGGUACUGUCAAAGUUAUGACUAAAUUGAAGGGACCCGCUCCGACUAAGCGCUACAAGUGUGUCAACAUCACCAUGCCACCAAAAGGUCAGUCAAAAACAACGACAACCAAACAUUCAAACAUCAUGUCACUGUGAGUCAUUCGGCCUGAAAGCCUUGUUGUGAAAUAACAUGUUCAUAUGUGUCCUUGUUAUGUGUCCAUGUUUUGUGUCCAUGUUAUGUGUCCAUUUUAUGUGUCCAUAUUAUGUCAAUUUAUGUGUACAUAUUGUGUCCAUGUUAUGUGUCCAUAUUAUGUCAAUUUAUGUGUACAUAUUAUGUGUCCAUAUUACGUGUCCCUUUAUGUGUCCAUAUUAUAAGUCCAUUUAUGUGUCCAUGUUAGUGUCCAUGUUUCCAUAUUAUGUGUCCAUAUUACGUGUCCAUAUUAUGUGUCUAUAGUGUGUCCAUGCUAUGUGUCAACAUUAUGUGCCAUAUUUUGGGUCCAUAUUAUGUGUCCAUUUUAUGUGUCCAUUUUAUUUAUCCCUUUAUGUGUCCAUAUUAUGUGUCCCUAAUCACUCCCCUGUAAAGGUAUGAUUUUUAACCCAACUUUCUGUUAGUGUACCACUGUCAAAACAUUAAUUGUUGAGCUUGAUUCUACACCAGGUGUAUGAAUGCUCAGUGUUAACUAGAGGCAUGGUUAAAAAAAACAACUUUAGAACCACUGCUCAUUUUGGGGGGGGGGGGGGUAGCCAAGUUUUCGUGUCCUGUAUUCAUCGUGUUUGUAUUCAACUUCAGGUUCUGUUGCAUAUUGGCAUGUCCCGUCAAGUUUAAAUUCAUUUUUAAAUGGCAUGUAAAGUUUAGUUAAAUAUUUGUAAGUCAUUUUAAGUUAAGGUUGAAUUUUUGUGAGUGUCAUGUCAAGUCUUAUUCAAAUUGUAUGCGCCAUCUUUAACUUGUGAGAAGCUCAUACGACUGGUUUCUCAAGUGAAGUUAAUUGUUUUUGGGUUUUUUUGCUACAGAUAUUGUUUUGUAUUAACUACAUCGGAAUGUACAACGCCUAAUCUGUGUCUGCCCCCUAGUCUGUGUCUGCUCCUAGUCCGGGUCUGCCCCUAGUCUGUGUCUGCUCCUUGCCUGUGUCUGCUCCUAGUAUGUGUUUGCUCCUAGUCUGUGUCAGCUCCUAGUAUGUGUCUGCUCCUAGUAUGUGUCUGCUCCUAGUAUGUGUCUGCUCCUAGUCUGUGUCUGCUCCUUAUUGUCUGUGUCUGUCUUACAUGAAUGUUACAAUUGUAUGUACACUUGUGGCAGUUGUUGGGGUCUUUCAUCUAACCGUUGCUUUAUUUUAAUCUCUGCAGCCAGAAGAAAGUCAAGGUAUGGAGUAGGGGUAAGUUAGUGUGUCAAAGUAAGGCAAUGAUGUAAGUUAGUGUGCCAAAGUAAGGCAAUGAUGUAAGUUAGUGUGUCAAAGUAAGGCAAUGAUGUAAGUUAGUGUGUCAAAGUAAGGCAAUGAUGUAAGUUAGUGUGUCAAAGUAAGGCAAUGAUGUAAGUUAGUGUGUCAAAGUAAGGCAAUGAUGUAAGUUAGUGUGUCAAAGUAAGGCAAUGAUGUAAGUUAGUGUGUCAAAGUAAGGCAAUGAUGUAAGUUAGUGUGUCAAAGUAAGGCAAUGAUGUAAGUUAGUGUGUCAAAGUAAGGCAAAGGUGUAAGCUAUUCAGGAACAGUAUGGAGAAGGGGCAAGUUAAUGUGUUAAAGUAUUACCAGUCGGUCUCUGGUGACGCUAGAGAGUACUCGGAGGCUGUAUUCCUUAUGAAGACCAACACGGUGAACAGAGCCUACACCGUUAUGGAUGAUAUCCAGAUUUCAGAGUAGAGUGUGCUUGCCCUUCUCAAAACCUUUAAAACCCUACAAAACAUGUGGUCCUGAUAACCUCAAACCACUGGUGCUUAAAGAAUUGGCUAAAGAAAGUGCUCCUGUACUGACAAUCCUCUUCCAAUCGUCGCUGUUUACAUGAAAUUUUCCAUGUCACUCCAAUCUACAAGAAAUGGGAGCAUUCCGACCGUGCCGACUGUCGUCCGAUAUCCCUCACCAGUGUGGUCUGCAAACUGUUGGAGCACAUAAUCGUAAGCACUGUCAUGAAGCAUCUUGAAAGCUAAAAUAUACUCAUUGACUGUCAGCAUGGCUUCCAUCUACAUGCAUAGGAGCCAAAAUUAUGAAUAAAUUGAUCGUGGGCCCUUAAGAUAUAGAAGAAGAAGAAGAGUCAAUAUAUCAUGUGAAACCCAGAUUUCUGAAUUUGUAGAAGACUUGAUGACCAAUCUGGAGAGCAGAAAGCAAACUGACGUGAUGGACGUCUCAAAGGCAUUUGUUCGUGUCAACCACAGUUUACUUUUACAUAAGUUUCAGAGAUAUGGGAUACAAGGCACUUCUAAAACAUGGAUCUCUAGCUUCCUCAUAAACCGAUGCCAGUCAGUAGUGGUGGAUGGUACAAGCUCCUCCUUUGUCGGCUUUAAGUCAGGGGUGCCUCCAGGGCUCGGUGCUAGGCCUCUGUUUGUUCCUAGCAUACAUCAAUGACCUACCCGAGAAACUGACAUCCUAAGCAAGACUGUUCGCAGAUGACACGGCGGUGUAUAGGACGAUCGCCAACAGAUCUGACCAGGACCAGCUACAUCAGGAGCUCAAUUGGUUAGCUGAGUGGGAGAUGAGCUAAGACAUGGUAUUUCACCCUGCCAAGUACCAGACACUAUCAGUCUCUAUAAGUUGUACUCCUCUACACCACCAUUACGAACUGCAUGGCCAUAUGCUUGGGCCAGUUUCCUCCGUAAGGUACCUCGUUGUUACCAUUCAAAGAGAGGUCCGCUGGGACGAGCAUAUUAACAAUGUGGUCAACCCGGCAAACAAGACACUAGUGAGAAAGUAAGAGCCUAUAAAGCCUUCGUCCGACCGCUUUUAGAUUGCGGAUGUUAAGUCUUGGACCCAUUACCCAGAGAGCAUUGAAAGGUUUGAGGCGCUCCAUCGACGGGCAGCACACUUUGUCCUAAACCGCUACAGGAAUACCUCUAGUGUUGGCAGCAUGCUGAAAACACUGGGCUGGUCAUCAUUGGAGGAACGACGACGACUGUCCAGGCUCUCCACGAUGUACAAGAUAAAUAAUGGGUUGGUCGACGUCUCCAGCUUCAAACAGAAACUCGCCCCUCUACCCUUUAGACAGGCCAUGACAGGCAGUUCGGGCUCACAUAAGCGAAGCCAGCAGAUGAACUGCUCAUUCCUGCCAAAGACCAUCAGGCAAUGGAACAAACUUCCAAAGGCAACAGCUAGUGCGACAACACUUGAAACAUUUGCGUCUAUUGCCUCAGGCCUUCCAACCCUUAAAUUCAUGAUACCAUCUCUGAGUGGCCCAUGCAACCACUGAAAUAACCUCUUCAGCACCAGGCACAGAAACAUCGCAAAGCCCCUCUACAUGCAUAGGAGUCAGAAUGAUUAAAAACAAAUUGAUCGUGGGCCCUUACUAUAAUAUAUAGAAGAAGAAGAAGAAAUGUGUCAAAGUAUGGAGUAUCGUUAAGUCAACGUGUCAAAAUAUGGAGUAAGGCCAUAUGUCAAUACCUUCUAUGAAAUGCAGUUCAAUUAAAAACAUUUUUUUUCCAAAACGCCGCAUUCUUCAAGAUUGAUUCACACAAAGAAAAUGGACAGUUCCUAUUGAACCACGCCCCACAACGGAACCCUUACAUAUCAGCCUUCUUUCAAUACCCAGAUAAGACUUCUUUCAAUACCCAGAUAAGAGUUCUUUCAAUACUCAGAUAAGACUUCUUUCAAUACCCAGAUAAGACUUCUUUCAAUACCCAGAUAAGACUUCUUUCAAUACCCAGAUAAGACUUCUUUCAAUACCCAGAUAAGACUUCUUUCAAUACCCAGAUAAGACUUCUUUCAAUACCCAGAUAAGACUUCUUUCAAUACCCAGAUAAGACUUCUUUCAAUACCCAGAUAAGACUUCUUUCAAUACCCAGAUAAGAAGCCCAUUAUUAUUCUUUUAAUGGGAAAUAUAUGCAUUUGUAUGAUUAAAAUUUGACCACUUCCUGUUUAUAAUACGCACUGGCAUACAAUUGCUAAGUUCAAAGGUCAGAACCGACUUCGCUCCGCUGUAUUAACUAACUAUUUGAAGUUUAUAUAGAUGAUAAAUUAUGAUUUUCUUAGACAAACAUAUAUUUUUAAUUUUCAAAGCUUUCAGUGCCUGACAUAUGUUAACAGUUUCACAUAGAUUUAUUUCCAGUAAGUAGAGAAGCUAUGCCUGUUACUGAAAAACAAAGAAAAAAGAAAAAAAAAAUUUUUUUAAAAAAAUAUUAUUUGGUGCCACGCUUCAAAAUCAACAUACAAAAAUGGGUUCCUCGUAUUGGAUGCAAAACAGACCCGGAGCAUUUGCUGAAGUCGACGAAUGCUGGACUCCUAGGCACAGACAAAGGCUAGACGUGAGCCUGCAACAAACCAUUAGGUUUCACCGAAAGGGGUAGAAGGAUAGGGUGCCAUUUUUUUGAAAAUUUCUUUUUUAUUAUUAUUUUUUUUUUGUAAACCGAAAAUUCGAUACUUGGUAUAAUGUAAUGAGUUCAAUAACCUUCUGAAGAACAUUUGGUUAAUAGGAAUGUUACCCAAGCAAAUGGCGUCUUUUUUUUCCUUGACAGUCAAAACGUAUCUAGAAUCGAUUCUUUAAAUAAAAUGACUACGAAUUAUCUUCCAUUGUAUUCUGCCGGAUCCACCAGAGGGAAAGUUGAACAGAGGGUCAAGGUCAACUCAUAAGCCUUUGAAAAGAUUACUCACUACAUUAAACAGUGUUUGGGGUGAUUUUGUGUGGACUUAAGAUUGAUUAUUUACUCCCCCCCCACCCCACUCCUUUUUUUAUAUUAAUUACAAACGGUGGGUACAUGGGUAGCCUUAUGUCUCUGGCCUUAGGAGUAGCCUUAUGUCUCUGGCCUUAGGGGUAGCCUUAUGUCUCUGGCCUUAGGGGUAGCCUUAUGUCUCUGGCCUUAGGGGUAGCCUUAUGUCUCUGGCCUUAGGGGUAGCCUUAUGUCUCUGGCCUUAGGGGUAGCCUUAUGUCUCUGGCCUUAGGGGUAGCAGAGUCCAACAUUAAAAUACUGCAAGGGAAAAAUUGGCCGAGUGGGAAAAUUGGUGGUCGGGGGUGGGGGUGUAAUUUAUGUACCUUGGUGUCGCAAGAUAUAAUCAUUCUAACGCAAGAUAUAAUCAUUCUAACGCAAGAUAUAAUCAUUCUAAAGCAAGAUAUAAUCAUUCUAACGCAAGAUACAACAAUUCUAACGCAAGAUAUAAUCCUUCUAACGCAAGAUAUAAUCAUUCUAAAUCAAAUAUAAUUCUAUAAUCUAGGUCUGUCUGAUAAGACAGUUUUUUUAUAAUGCUUUAAAUAAGGAAUUCAGCACUCAUAGAAAGUAAAAAGACGAAAAUUUCAUAGUCCACAUUUUUAAAAAUACAUUUUGUUCUUUUUUAAAAAUAAACCGAACCAGCUUUCAUAAAAUAAAUUAAUAAAAUGGAAUCACUUGUUUUUGUUAUUAAAAAAUUUUUUUCCACGAUUUCUGUCAGAUUUAAUUUAGACGGAAACUGAAGUAAAAGAUUUUUGCCGUCAUGUAAACACACAAAGGCAGCCCGCUGCCAAAAGAAGAUAAACAUUGACAUGGCCUUGACCUUGGCGUUUUGAUUUGAUUGUAUUUUUAAAUUGUCAUCUUACUCGGGAUAGUUUGGGGGAAAAAUUCUGUCUACACGAGUUUGACAAAAAGGAGAUUCGUUUUCUAAGAGCAAUACAAACUUUCCAGUAGAGACAGACCUAAAGAGAUUUUUUUUUUUUCGGCCGCAACCGAAACCAGACCGAAAGUUCACAAUGAAAUCCGAACGAACCCGAAAGCUUAAUCGUGUGAAGUCUGGUAUGGAAUUAAAGGGGGAAUCUAUGCUCAUUGCAAGCAAUACGGACCUGGGUUUAAAUUUUAAUAUAUAUAAAUGUGGUUAUGAUGUAAGGAAAAUAAAAUUUUCAAAUCAGUACUCACCAAAUGUUAACAAAAAUGCUCACUGCAAGUCACACAAAGAGAAAUUUAAUCCAAGGUGUGAGAGAAAUGUUGUUGUUUUUUCUGAACUAUAUCCAGGUGUGCAUCCCAAAUAAUAAAGAUCAACUUUAAAAUUUAAAAAAAAAAAUGAAACACCAGAGCACAUUAUCCAUUGUCACCGCCACAGGUCAAGAUUUCAUGUUUUGUGAACAAAAUUCAAAUGGACAAUCGAAGCAACCGCUUCAAACGCUUGGUUCUGUGUAAAAAAAUCGUUCAAAUAAAGAAAUACCGGAUGUUUUUCAAAGGGAAAUCACUCUAGAUUUGAUUUAAAAAUAACUAAAAACCAAAAGCUAAGAAAAGAACCGACAGAAACCUCAUUUAAAAUCGACGAAGGGCAGCCGUUGAUCCGGAGAGAAAUGGUUAGUAACGAAUUUUGAACGAAACCGAAGCGUAAACCACAAGCUUAAUCCUAUUGCCUUCUAGAACUACCGGAAGCUACUUUGGGAGAAAGUAAGUAAAGUGAUGAAACAAAACUGGGGUACUGAAAUUGUACAGCUGCUUAGUGACUUCUAAAAAUGGAUUUCAGAUGACGCUUACUAGAUCUUUUAGAAUAUAUGUUUUACAAAAUCUAACGCAGUUUAGCGGAGGAGUUGAGAAUGCAUUUAAAAAUGUAAUAGUCUUGAAAAAAAAAAGGAGCGCUGAUAUCAAGCCGAAGAUAACAUUAAAAAUCAUCUAAGCAAUGUGCACGUCCGUCAAUGAUGCCACAUUUGAAUGCCAGAGUUGAUUGAACCACAGGACAUCCAAGCAAUGUGCACGUCCUUCAAUGAUGCCACAUUUGAAUUCCAGAGUUGAUUGGACCACGGGACAUCCAAGCAAUGUGCACGUCCUUCAAUGAUGCCACAUUUGAAUUCCAGAGUUGAUUGGACCAUGGGACAUCCAAGCAAUGUGCACGUCCUUCAAUGAUGCCACAUUUGAUUUCCAGAGUUGAUUGGACCACGGGACAUGAAAGCAAUGUGCACGUCCUUCAAUGAUGCCACAUUUGAAUGCCAGAGUUGAUUGGACCACGGGACAUCCAAGCAAUGUGCAAGUCCGUCAAUGAUGCCACAUUUGAAUUCCAGAGUUGAUUGGACCACGGGACAUCCAAGCAAUGUGCACGUCCUUCAAUGAUGCCACAUUUGAAUUCCAGAGUUGAUUGGACCACGGGACAUGAAAGCAUUGUGCACGUCCUUCAAUGAUGCCACAUUUGAAUUCCAGAGUUGAUUGGACCACGGGACAUGAAAGCAAUGUGCACGUCGUUCAAUGAUGCCACAUUUGAAUGCCAGAGUAGAUUGGACCACGGGACAUCCAAGCAAUGUGCAAGUCCGUCAAUGAUGCCACAUUUGAAUGCGAGAGUUGAUUGGACCACGGGACAUCCAAGCAAUGUGCACGUCCUUCAAUGAUGCCACAUUUGAAUUCCAGAGUUGAUUGGACCACGGGACAUCCAAGCAAUGUGCACAUCCUUCAAUGAUGCCACAUUUGAAUGCCAGAGUUGAUUGGACCACGGGACAUCCAAGCAAUGUGCACGUCCUUCAAUGAUGCCACAUUUGAAUUCCAGAGUUGAUUGAACCACAGGACAUCCAAGCAAUGUUCACGUCCUUCAAUGAUGCCACAUUUGAAUGCCAGAGUUGAUUGGACCACGGGACAUCCAAGCAAUGUGCACGUCUUUCAAUGAUGCCACAUUUGAAUUCCAGAGUCGAUUGGACCACGGGACAUCCAAGCAAUGUGCACGUCCGUCAAUGAUGCCACAUUUGAAUUCCAGAGUUGAUUGAACCACGCGACAUCCAAGCAAUGUGCACGUCCGUCAAUGAUGCCACAUUUGAAUGCCAGAGUUGAUUGAACCACCCGACAUCCAAGCAAUGUGCACGUCCGUCAAUGAUGCCACAUUUGAAUGCCAGAGUUGAUUGGACCACGGGACAUCCAAGCAAUGUGCACGUCCGUCAAUGAUGCCACAUUUGAAUGCCAGAGUUGAUUGAACCACGCGACAUCCAAGCAAUGUGCACGUCCGUCAAUGAUGCCACAUUUGAAUUCCAGAGUUGAUUAGACAUCCAAGCAAUGUGCACGUCCGUCAAUGAUGCCACAUUUGAAUGCCAGAGUUGAUUGAACCACGCGACAUCCAAGCAAUGUGCACGUCCGUCAAUGAUGCCACAUUUGAAUUCCAGAGUUGAUUGAACCACGCGACAUCCAAGCAAUGUGCACGUCCGUCAAUGAUGCCACAUUUGAAUGCCAGAGUUGAUUGAACCACAGGACAUCCAAGCAAUGUGCACGUCCGUCAAUGAUGCCACAUUUGAAUUCCAGAGUUGAUUGAACCACGCAACAUCCAAGCAAUGUGCACGUCCGUCAAUGAUGCCACAUUUGAAUGCCAGAGUUGAUUGAACCACGCGACAUCCAAGCAAUGUGCACGUCCUUCAAUGAUGCCACAUUUGAAUUCCAGAGUUGAUUGGACCACGGGACAUCCAAGCAAUGUGCACGUCCUUCAAUGAUGCCACAUUUGAAUUCCAGAGUCGAUUGGACCACGGGACAUCCAAGCAAUGUGCACGUCCUUCAAUGAUGCCACAUUUGAAUUCCAGAGUUGAUUGGACCACGGGACAUCCAAGCAAUGUGCACAUCCUUCAAUGAUGCCACAUUUGAAUUCCAGAGUUGAUUGGACCACGGGACAUCCAAGUAAUGUGUACAUCCUUCAAAGAUGCCACAUUUGAAUGCCAGAGUUGAUUGAACCACGCGACAUCCAAGCACUGUGCACGUCCUUCAAUGAUGCCACAUUUGAAUUCCAGAGUUGAUUGAACUACGGGACAUCCAAGCAAUGUGGCACGUCCUUCAAUGAUGCCACAUUUGAAUGCCAGAGUUGAUUGGACCACGGGACAUCCAAGUAAUGUGCACGUCCUUCAAUGAUGCCACAUUUGAAUGCCAGAGUGGAUUGGACCACGGGACAUCCAAGUAAUGUGCACGUCCUUCAAUGAUGCCACAUUUGAAUGGCAGAGUUGAUUGAACUACGGGACAUCCAAGCAAUGUGCACGUCCUUCAAUGAUGCCACAUUUGAAUGCCAGAGUUGAUUGGAAGAUGGGACAUCCAUGUAAAACGUACGCAAGAAAACAACAUAUUUCCAUAUCCCUCCCCCCCCUACACACACACAAUGUCAACGUAAGGGGCAGUCCAUAUAUUACGAAUGUACUGAGGAUGCGUAUGACAGCGUGGAGGAGGGGGUGGUCACCAGAAUUUACCAUUUUUAUGCAUAAACUCUACAAUAGUUAUCCUGACAGUCUCUAAUAGAGCCAACUUUCACAUACAAAUAUUUUAAAUCCAUGAUUUCUUAUCAGGUCUAUUAAGGCUAUAAAGAUAUAACCACAUUGUUUAACAGUUAUCGGCAUACUAAUGUCCUGUAUCUUCUUAAAUAGCUCGAUAGAAAUCGCUGUAGUAGUAUUUUGCCAAGUGACAGCACACUGUAGUCUGUCCAUGCUGGGGACGUAAUUAUUUCUUUUGGCGACCAACCACAUCCACCCUCAUUGGCGGGCGACCAACCACUCCCACCCUCAUUGGCGGGCGACCAACCACUCCCACCCUCAUUGGCGGGCGACCAACCACACCCACCCUCAUUAGCGGGCGACCAACCACUCCCACCCCCAUUGGCGGGCGACCAACCACGCCCACCCUCAUUGGCGGGCGACCAACCACACCCACCCUCAUUGGCGGGCGACCAACCACUCCCACCCUCAUCGGCGGGCGACCAACCACUCCCACCCUCAUUGGCGGGCGACCAACCACUCCCACCCUCAUUGGCGGGCGACCAACCACUCCCACCCUCAUUUGCGGGCGACCAACCACUCCCACCCUCAUUGGCGGGCGACCAACCACUCCCACCCUCAUUGGCGGGCGACCAACCACAUCCACCCUCAUUGGCGUGCGACCAACCACAUCCACCCUCAUUGGCGGGGGGGGGGGAAAUAUUGUUUUAACCGGGUCCAUUAAAAUCGUCGUAUUGAUGUGUCCUCGGCGUAGAAACGUAAAAGACAUCUCAAAAACAUACAUUGUACGCCGAAAUCGUAAGAAUAAACAGGUCUGACAUUUAUGGGCAUGAUGAAGGAUAAAUCAAAGUCAAUGUCACAAAUGAGCGAAUUGAAUAAACCUAGGCAUAAGCCAAAUUGAAAUUCUAUUUGUGUACACAUUAGAACAAGCAGGUCAUUGUGCAUCUGUGAGCCAAGUUCGCAUAGGAUUAUUCAUAUAUCAUGCUAUGACAGCAAGACAUAGAGCAAUAAUGAAUAUCGGAUUGCCGGCCGACAGACGGACAGAGUCUGACUUCUAGCAGACGACCAAAAUUCUUAAUCGCUUUCGGCCGAAACAGAAAACAAACUGAAAGUUAAUUUCUCUGUCUCGGCCAAAACCGAAACAACAAAAAAAGUUAAGAAAUGGCAACUUUCGGCGCCGAAACCGAAUUUCGGUCGGUCUCUAGGAAAUCUGUGCUACUUUUAGUAUUAAGUAAUCAAAUUUUCAUGUAACACACUUGUCUUUAAUUUAAAUUAUUAUCAUGCUUCAUGCCUGACAUUGACACAUGCUUAAACUAGAGCAGUUAUGGGGAAAACUGGAGCAGUUAUGGGGAAAACUGGAGCAGUUAUGGGGAAAACUGGAGCAGUUAUGGGGAAAACUGGAGCAGUAAUGGGGAAAACUGGAGCAGUAAUGGGGAAAACUGGAGCAGUAAUGGGGAAAACUGGAGCAGUAAUGGGGAAAACUGGAGCAGUAAUGGGGAAAACUGGAGCAGUAAUGGGGAAAACUGAAGCAGUAAUGGGGAAAACUGGAGCAAUAAUGGGGAAAACUGAAGCAGUAAUAGGGAAACCUGAAGCAGUUAUGGGGAAAACUGGAGCAGUAAUGGGGAAAACUGGAGCAGUAAUGGGGAAAACUGGAGCAGUAAUGGGGAAAACUGGAGCAGUAAUGGGGAAAACUGGAGCAGUAAUGGGGAAAACUGGAGCAGUAAUGGGGAAAACUGGAGCAGUUAUGGGGAAAACUGAAGCAGUAAUGGGGAAAACUAGAGCAGUAAUGGGGAAAACUGGAGCAGUUAUGGGGAAAACUGGAGCAGUAAUGGGGAAAACUGGAGCAGUUUUUGUUGAGGCCGCGGUUCAAGCGUGCCAAGAAAUAAGUCUACAAUUUUGAGGCGCAAAACGGUGUAUUGGUCAGUGUUAUCAUUCCCGCAUUCUUGUGAAUCGCCCCUGAACAUCUCUGUUUUGUUUCCACGUAGCUCAUCCCCCCCAUUCGAAAGGGAUCACUAGCCCCACUGCGCCCCACGGUCAGCCAGCUUAGCACACAGCGUAAAUCCAUCAAAUCAGCGGUAAGUUGCCAAUCAUAAGUUAAGGUAGGCAUGGCGGUCUCCCGUGCGGAGGUGUACGAUACGGGUCAAAAAGAUGGAAAAGAGCACUGCACAGACAGCAAUAGGGCACUACAUGGGCAACAAUAGGGCACUGCACAGACAACAAUUGGGCACUACACGGACAACAAUAGGGCACUACACAGACAACAAUAGGGCACUACACGGGCAACAAUAGGGCACUACACAGACAACAAUAAGGCACUACACGGGCAACAAUAGGGCACUACACAGACAACAAUAGGGCACUACACAGACAACAAUAGGGCACUAAAAAGAAACGGUCCAUAUUCGCAAUAUUUUUCCCAACCAUCAGUUCAAGAAGACGACCACGACUGCACCACAAUUAUACCAAGUAAAGAUUGUAUGGGACACACACCUUGAACUUGCUAACCUAAUUUAUUUCCUUUUUACUCAAAUUAUAUAUAUAUACAUAUUUUUGUUUUUAAAUAAUAUUUUAGGCCUUUGGUGAGAUGGAAAUAAUACGCAACACAUACGGCCUCGACAGUCCCAUCGAGUUGGAAGAAGAAGAGCUGACAUCCGAGCCGCCCACACGAAGCGAGGUGGCCCUGGAGGAGACGGUGUACGACCCCGGGUGCGUCGAGUGUCCACCCGAGUGCCAGGAUUACGUCAACGCGAACGACACGACCCCGGACGACCAGAUGAACGCGCGAGGCGCGG